AUGAGCUACGUUAGGUGCUACGAAGUCGCGUUGGCACUAUUGUGUCUUUUGCUGGUGGUACAGCUAAGUUCAUCUCAAAGCUGUGGCAAACGAAAGGUUGUGAAUUUCCUGAUUGUGAACGGGAAUGAAGCAAAGGAUGGCUAUUGGCCUUGGCAUGCGACAAUAUUUCACCACAAGUAUAAAUCAAUAGAUUACGAAUGUGGUGGAACAAUUCUCGCUCAGAAUGCAGUUUUAACGGCGGCACACUGUAUAGUGACACCGUAUGGGCUUAUUGCGCGAAAUCGACUCAUUGUACAUGUUGGGCGAAAUCGACUCGGUGUAGCUACCAAACGAGUACAAGAACACGAAGCGUUCGAGUUGAUCCCGCAUCCGGAUUACCACGAGAACGAUAUUCAACACGAUAUCGCUUUGAUUAUGCUUAAAACCGAUAUCACCUACACCGACUAUAUACAACCGAUUUGCUUGUGGAAUCGUGACGAAGAUUUGAACGCGAUCGUUGGCUCCUGGGGUACGGUGAUCGGUUUCGGUUUAGAUGAGAACGACAAUGUUUCCCAAACGUUGCGUGAAGCUAGCGUUCCUAUUGUUAGCCAUAUUACCUGUAUCGAAAGCAACAGUAACACGUUUCGCUCUAAGCUUACCUCGAAUAUGUUCUGCGCUGGCAAUCGCGAUGGGAUCGCUGCCUGUAACGGUGAUAGUGGAGGAGGUUUAUUCUUCAACUACAAUGAUGUCUGGUUCAUACGUGGAGUGGUGUCUUUCACGACCCCUCGUCAACAUAGCCUUAAAUGUGAUCCGAAGGAAUACACCGUGUUUACCGAUGUGGCAAAGUACUUGGAUUGGAUCGGGCAAAACAUUUCCCUAACGAGUCAUCAACUGAAGAUGUCAGAGAAUGAUAACAGUACGAAAACUGGAUUGCUACCAAUGUCUACUUGUGGUGCCAAUCCGCGGAGGAUUAUGGACGAAUCAUUAAAGCCGGUUAUACUCGGUUAUCCUUGGAUGGGUCUGGGUGACCAUGAUCUUGCACUUGAGAACGAGGUUCCUGUGGAAGAUGGUACACAGCUGUAUUCUCACUGCUAUUUGUGCCACUCUCUGGUGCUCCAGGAUGAAUUUUGUCAACUCUUCACCGAUCCAGACUUUUGUUCCCCGGCAAAGAUACUUGGGAACGUUUUAGAAAUGACGAUAGUGCCGGAACUGUGCCACUCACUGAUCAUAUGUAAACAUUGUAAUACACUGUGCUCAGAGUAUCAAUCGUUGAUCGAACGUAUGGAAACAAUACAUAGUCAAAUAACGAUGGCCUACAAUCAAACAGUGAUGAAGCUAACCGGACUGACUGAGAAAGACAUUAAGGAUGGAUUGGUUGCGGUAGAGUAUGAUGAUAACCUUGACACGGAAUUUCAGACCUUUAACAAAGAGUUGAUGUCGAUGGAGGAUGUGUUUGAAGUGAGUGAGUUAAACCCGGAUAUAAUUCAAAUUGAUCCAUCUACCGAAAGCUUAGAAGAAUCGGUAGCUGAUUUGGCUCAAACUAGCCCUGAUGAAGUUGUAGAACAAAGUGUGCAGUUUAUACGAGCUGAUGAACAUGAUACUACCCUGCUACCGAACAGUUCCGAUGAAAUGGUGGAGACUAGCGCCCAUUCGGAAGAACUGUCCGGAGAAGAAACUUUACAACGCUUUAUACUCGGUUCGGAUGAAACAAUCGUUGAAGUGGAUGCUGAAGAUGGUACGUCAAUUUAUUGCGUCUAUGGUGAAGGUAUUGAAUCAUUCAGCGAACCGGAAGAGCAACCUGAAACGGUGACAAGGAGGAUGCGCAGCAGGACUGAGAGUAUAUCGGAACAAGUUGGAGUUGCUGCUGAUAAUGCAUCUCUAGCAAACGAUAGCCGAACGAACCUGAUUGAUGAAGUUAUAUCUGCUACUUCUAUAUUGUUGAAAGAGGAAGAUGCCACUGGAAGAGGAUCUCCAUCACCAUCCGAGGGAGACGUUUUACGACCGUAUUAUGUUAAACUUGAAAAUCACUAUUACUGUACACUCUGUUCAUCGGACGAGACGACGGUUACGACGAGUGGCAUCAAACUGAUGGCGGAACAUUUGAAGGAUGCACAUAAUCAACCAUUAGACACUUGCGAACAGUGCGAUGAAAUGUUUUAUCAGCCUGCAGAUUACUUGGAACACAUAGCACAGCAUGCUAACGAAAAGGGAAACGUGCCUAGUGAGCUACUAAAUUGUGACCUGUGCGAUGCAACGUUCGCCAACCAGCAUGCACUUGAACAGCACCGAAAGACGCACCCGACCGAGAAGAACAAGGCAUGGAACUGUGAGCUCUGUGACAAGAAGUACACGUCGAAAGCGUUCCUUCAGGUGCACAUGAACAAACACGCCGGUAUACGGCCGUAUAAGUGUACCGUGUGCACGAAAGAUUUCAGCUCCAAGUAUGCGCUGGCGGUUCACCUGAAGACACACUACGAUCGUCCCCGUACGUUCGUUUGCAACGAGUGCGGUAGUGCGUUCUACAGCCGUCACAAUUUGGUCCAGCACGAACGGACCCAUCGGGCUGAGCGGGAGUUUGAGUGUGGCGAUUGUGGGAAGAAAUUUUUCACCCAACACAAUUUGAACGUGCACAAGGUAAUUCACAGCACCAACAAGGCGUUCGCUUGCCGGCAGUGUGGGAAAAAAUUCGCACGGAAAGCUGAAGUACGAGACCAUGAGCGUACCCAUACAGGUGAGAAGCCGUUUGUGUGUGAUAUGUGCGAUUUAGCCUUUGCACAACGAUCCAACCUAAACUCUCACAAGCGAUUGACGCAUUUCAAUGACAAACGGUACAAAUGUGACUUAUGUGGUGCGUCGUUCAAGCGACGAAGAUUGCUCGUCUAUCAUACCCGUGCAAUGCACACGGGUGAACGGCCAUUCAAAUGUGAUCAAUGUCCCGCUUCCUUCGUUUAUCCGGAACACUUCCAGAAGCAUAAGCGUAUACACACCGGCAUUAAACCGUACGCUUGUGAGGUGUGCCAUAAAACGUUCACCAGUCAGGAUAAUCGGAACGCGCAUCGUUAUGUGCACAGCGACAAGAAACCGUACGAAUGUGUUACGUGUGGUACAGGGUUUAUGCGCAAAGCGCAACUCUACACACACAUGCAGGAGAUGGAACAUUUGAACGAUACGAUCGUGGUCAAUCAGCCACGCAUUAGUGCGAACGAUUUGCUCGAGUUCGAAACGGAAUCGCUGGUGGUCGACGGUCAAGCGGAAGGUGAGCAAGCCCAGGAAGGUUCGGACGAUGAACAAGCACAGAUGGCGUACAUUUGCGAUGAAGAGUAUGAGGAUGGUGUGUCAGAAAUGGAAUAG